GGGGAUCUGGGGGAACAUCUGGGUUGUCCCUGGUUGGGCAAAAGUUAGCAUGGCAUGAGAAGAGGCUGUCCCAAGAUAGACAUGGGAUCCUAAAGGGGUUUGAGGAAGCCUGUGUCAUGGGAAGGUGUGAGCUGUCUCUGGGUUGCUGGGAGGGUCAGAUGGGCAUGAUUAGGGUAGUUCCUAUCAGUGGUGGACCAACCAUAGCAGGUCUUGGGGCCAGGUCAGGACGAAAUACAGGAAGAGGUGUAUGUCCUUUCCCCUAUUUAUUGACAGGUGGAUUUGGUGUCCAGGUGUGAAGAUGAGAAGUGGGUGGGAGUGGAUCGAGGCCAUGCUGGGCAUCAGGCCCAGGACUGGCUAGGAGCGGGAAGGAGCUAUCACUGGGGCACCUCCAACCCCAUUACUUCCUGACAAGCCAUGAGGGCCAGCAAUCUUGCUGGGGUUAGUAGAUGGCAGAGAGGAAGAAGAAGAAAUCUAUUAGGGACAGAAUUUCUAGGACUCAGAGGGUAGACCUCAGGACUCUUCCCAAUCCUACCCCCAUUUGUGUCCAGGGAAGCAAUCCUGGACCAUGACUCAGCAGCCACUUCGAGGAGUAACCAGCCUACGUUUCAACCAAGACCAAAGCUGCUUUUGCUGCGCCAUGGAGACUGGUGUGCGCAUCUACAAUGUGGAGCCAUUGAUGGAGAAAGGACAUCUGGACCAUGAACAGGUGGGCAGCAUGGGCCUGGUGGAGAUGCUGCACCGCUCCAACCUCUUGGCUCUGGUGGGUGGUGGUAGCAGCCCCAAGUUCUCAGAGAUCUCAGCAGUGCUGAUCUGGGAUGAUGCCCGGGAGGGCAAGGACUCCAAGGAGAAGCUGGUGUUGGAGUUCACCUUCACCAAGCCAGUGCUGGCUGUGCGCAUGCGCCAUGACAAAAUUGUCAUCGUGCUGAGGAACCGCAUCUAUGUGUACUCCUUCCCUGACAAUCCCCGAAAGCUGUUUGAGUUUGAUACCCGGGACAACCCCAAAGGGCUCUGUGACCUCUGCCCCAGCCUAGAGAAGCAGUUGCUGGUGUUCCCUGGACACAAGUGCGGGAGUCUGCAACUUGUGGACCUGGCGAGCACAAAGCCUGGCACAUCAUCUGCUCCAUUUACCAUUAACGCACAUCAGAGUGACGUGGCCUGUGUGUCCCUGAACCAGCCAGGCACUGUAGUGGCCUCAGCUUCCCAGAAAGGCACCCUUAUUCGUCUCUUCGACACCCAGUCCAAGGAGAAACUGGUGGAGCUGCGUCGAGGCACUGACCCCGCCACCCUCUACUGCAUCAACUUCAGCCAUGACUCCUCCUUCCUGUGUGCUUCCAGUGAUAAGGGCACAGUCCAUAUCUUUGCUCUCAAAGAUACCCGCCUCAACCGCCGCUCUGCGCUGGCUCGCGUGGGCAAAGUGGGGCCUAUGAUCGGGCAGUAUGUGGACUCUCAGUGGAGCCUGGCAAGCUUUACCGUGCCUGCUGAGUCAGCCUGCAUCUGUGCCUUCGGUCGCAAUACUUCCAAGAAUGUCAACUCUGUCAUUGCCAUCUGUGUAGAUGGGACCUUCCACAAAUACGUCUUCACUCCUGAUGGAAACUGCAACAGAGAGGCUUUCGAUGUGUACCUCGACAUCUGUGAUGAUGAUGACUUUUAAGGACCCUGGGGUUUGUGCUAGGAACUUGCAACGGCAAAUCACAAAGCCUUUGAGGGAGGGUUGGAGUGCUGUGGAAGUCGCCGGCCAGCAAGUGUUAAUGCAGCAGGUGUCCGCCUUCCACUCAGCAGAGCAAUGUCUAAACAGAUCAUGUCCACUAAGAACUUUAUGAUGACCGUGUGUCCUCCUGUGUGCCCACAGUGCCAUCCAGGAACCCAGGGAGGCAGCUGACCCCCCACCCUGCCCCCGGGGCUCCCAGCCUGGAGAAGACUGCCAGGGACCCACAGGGAGUGCCCUAAUCCAACCUGUAGGGAUUUUAAAAACUUGUCAGAGAUGUCUGAUGUGACGGAAAAUGAAUAAAAGACCCUUAAUAGUAUUUAUGGCUAA